CGUUCAGUUUGCGAUUGCUUUUGCAUCGAGAAAGACGUUCUCCUGUUAUUAGGUAUAUCCUCGUCGAAACUUUUUAUACGGAGUUAUGUUACGGAAUAACACGUGAGAAGUGGAAUCUACAUCAAGUUAUAUAUAUAUAUAUAAUUAUUUACACGGAUUCGAACGUAGUAAAUAGCCAUCUGAUAAAACGAGAAACUAAGGAGAGAUCAUAGUUCUCAUCAUUAUCAUCGAAAAGUUUCUUUUCGUUAUUGAUCGAGAGAACUUUUGGACCAUCAAACGAAUUGGACAAACAUGUAUCAAUUAUCGUUGAAGAUUUUACUUGCUGUAUUAUUAUUUGAGAACCUAACAUUUACGGUAUCCAUUGAAGAAUUCAAUGUCCCAAAGAAUCACUCGAAAGAAUUGGAAAAUAUUUUAGCUGAUGUAGGAAAUACAAAUGAUACGGAUAAACAGCGAACGGAUCAGAUAGAUCAGGCAGAUGUUCAUCAGAAGGAAUUUUUUAAGGACACUGAAAGAAAUUCGACGAUCGUCGAGAAAGAAAAUCAAAAAACGUCAUUGAAUGAAAAGGCAUCAACAAAGGAAUUAUCCCCGACGUUGCAGAGUGCAAGCGAAUUGCCGAUUGCGCUGAAUCAUACUGAUCAAAACAUUACGAAACGACCAGUCGAAGAGACGACGCUAAUUAAUGCGGUAACUGAGAAUCAAAAAUCAAAUGAUUUUAUCGGCGAACAAAAGAAUUUGAAUCAAUGUUGCGUAACUCCACUCGACGAAGAAGAUGUUACAACCAUUAAAACGAUGCAACAAGAAAACACUAAUUCAUCCAUUAGCACUACCUCAGAAAUUACACCGACGACCACAAAAAGAAGCGUCACGAUCACUCCAGAGGAUGUUGUUUCACCAAAAAUUACUCCAGCGUCCAUGGACGUGAAUGACACAAAAAAGGCCGGCAAUGACAUUGCCGACAAAUUAAAAUCUACGAUGUACGAAACAGUUCCUUCUGAAUCGAUUAAUGCGACAAUAGAAAUUAACACGAUAUCAUUGAAAUCCUCCGAGAUAACAACCACCGUGUCCUCCGAUAUAAGCACCGUGUUAACCUCCGAGAAUGAUCAAGUAAAAGUUAAAAACGAUACUGUGAUGUUAAAGAAGGAGAAAGAAGUAGAACACGAAGGAUUAAGUCUGAAAAGCAAAGAAUCUAUCAGUAAAGAAGAUACCAGUGGAAGUAUGCCACCUGGUAUUAUUGCAUUGGUAACAACUAUUACGUUUGCUGUUGCGAUCAUUAUUGGAUACAUCAGUAUGGUUAUCUGGAAGCAAUAUCUCGAGCGCAAAUACGGACGUCGAGAAUUAUUGGUGAACGAGUUGGAAUUCGAUACGAACGAUCUGAGACAUUUUGAGCUCUGACUUUGGAAAAGCAAGGAUGGUAUAUCGUCUGAUGUAUGCCCGCAGAGUCAUA